UCGUCGUCGUCGAGGCGAGACGACUCAGAACCUACAGAGUACAUAACAGCAACUGACACACACUCGCACGCACACACACACACACACACUCGCUCACUCACACUCACGCCAGGUCAGCACUCACCGGGGUACACAUGGGCAGGAGAGAAAAGUGAGAUAGAGGGAGUUGCGAGUGUCGCGGCAGGCUCCCCGAGGGUGGCUAAGAAUCGCCGCGAGAGCGAACGCAGCGCAAGAGAGAAAGAGAGAAAGAGGAGGGAACCGCGAGAAGGUGGAGAACGCGACGACGAGGUGGAGAAGAAGGUUAUCUGGCUCUUGGCUGCUCCGACUCCGUCGACAUUGUGACACAGGGUGGUGAAACAAUUAACCGAUGGAGCAGCGUCAUCGCUCUUAUCCUAUUCGCCGACACCGCCAGGAUUAAUAUCGACUAAUCGCGGCCCCUUAAAAUCGCAUCGUACGCGUCGAAACGAAAAUUUUCAUCCCUCAAAUAUCCGGACAGUGACAGUGCGAGGUUUUGAGACGUCGGCUCAACUUUGCGGAUUAGAAUUACGAAUUGGCGCGAAAUCGAUCGCUCGAGCUUCGAGCUCAAUCGUACGAGGGAAAAUGUGCUGAGGAAGAUCCAAACUGACUGAUUCUCCUGCACCGGAACACACGAUUCUCGACGUGAUCGUUUCUCGUGAUUAACAUUCGGCGACGAUUACGUGCCUUCGAUCACAGCUGUUUGACGUGCUCCUCAUUUGUGUGAUCCCAGUGUGCGACCGGCUCGGGUGACGUACCUUUAAAGAGACGAGCUAGAACGAUUUUUCUCGGUAACAAGUUCCUUGCCAACGCCGCGCGUCCAACCUAAAGUCGACGAAUUAUCUUGGAAAUAUCUACUUGAAAUUAACAUAAAUCAAAUCAUCUACGAUUCAGUGCAGAUGCAGAGAUAAAUCGGCGGUCGCAUGGCUCCAAGUUUCCCCACUCGGAUUGUUAGUGUUGCACUGUCAACGAACCGAUCGGCCAGCGGCGUGCAGCGAUGAGAUCGAAACCGGUUGCGAGGAGAUUGGCACAGGGAAGUAGCGACGAAGCUGAAGCGACAAGCGUUAUGGGAGGUGGGGAAGAAACGGGAGAAGGAGGCAGCAACGUCGGCGGAGGCACGGCUGAGAAUGACAGCGCCUCUGGCGGUGGCGUCUUGAACGAAAGUGCGGAAAUGGAGGACAAUUCAAGCCGUUCGUUCAGCACAAAUAAUGCGACUUAUAGAGACGUCAAUCCACUCUUACAUGGUGGCUCGCUCCACGAGGCGAGCUUACAACGCCAAGAAUUUCAACGUAGAACCAAUGAACCCGGUGUUUUUCUCGAUCUUACACCAUCCACCGAACGACAAGCCAGUCACGAGACUGUCAGACUUACUCCUUCUGGCUCGGUCGUCAGUCACACCAGAGAACGAGACGAUGAAAAAAGAGCGUGGGACUUUAGCGAAAAUCAAAUAUGCACACCCUCGUACAGAAUCGAUUAUCAAGAAUCGUUGAAACCGAGGGAAACGAAAGAGCAUUCGAGCCGCGAGUGGAUAUCGCCCGUGCCGGAAGUCGAGGUCGGUGAUUUAUCGCCAGGAGGCCCUCAGGUUCGAGCCAGGAAGGACAUACCGCGAGGUGCUAGGCUGGGAUCUUUCGUCGGCAAAUGGGCGAGCGAGCCGUUCAACCCUCGAUAUGCGUGGGAGGUCCGCAUAGCCGGAAGUGGCGUCAGAGGAUGGCUGGACGCUUCGCACGAGGCCGGCAAUUGGCUGAAGUUCAUCAGGAGCACGGCGAAUCCACAUGCCAUCAAUAUUCGCCACGUGCUCAUCAAUGGACAGGUCGUGUACGAGUCGAUCAGAGACAUAGCCGUGGGUGAAGAAUUGCUUCUGGGCCUCCGGGAGCCUCUCCAGCUCCAAGACAUGUUAGGAGAGAACACGACCGAGGACAGGAGUGAUCGAGAGACCGCUUCCCAACACAGCGGUACAGUCGAAGAAGAAGAAACCGAGACAGAAAUCCGAUGCACCGUCUGCGACAGGCCCUUCAAGGACAUUGAAUUGCUGGACAAUCACCUGGUAACGAGUCAUCGUUAUCCAUCGAAUCAGCAUCGCUGUGAGACUUGUCCGAGCGGUUAUUCUUGGCGUCCAUUAUUAGUCCGUCAUCGGGCAGUGAAGCACGGGGACCUGCGAAAAUAUUCGUGUGAGAAUUGUCCAAAGUCGGACCCUCCGCAGGUCUUUACGGACCCGUCGAAUCUCCAGCGUCACAUAAGAGACCGUCACGUCGGUGCUCGCAGUCACGCCUGCACCGAAUGCGGUAAAACAUUUGGCACGAGCUCCGGGCUGAAGCAGCACACGCACAUCCACAGCAGCGUGAAGCCAUUCCAGUGCGAGGUUUGCUUCAAGUCGUACACCCAAUUUUCAAACUUGUGUCGUCACAAGCGCAUGCAUUCGGACUGUCGUAUGCAAAUAAAGUGCGUAAAAUGUAGCCAAUUGUUUAGCACCGUAACAUCGUUGACGAAGCACAAAAGAUUCUGCGACUCUUCGAGCGGUGCGCGACCCUCGGCCGGAGCGAUGCCGCAGCUACCAGCUUCGGGGCCGAGCCCCUUCCUCGUGUUCCAGCGACCGCCGGUCUCCUUGCCCGGUUGCUUGCCCUUCUACCCACCUUACCCUGGCAUCUUUCCCAACGGUCCGAGUUUCCUCAACGCCCCUUUGCUCUUCCCUCCCAAAGUCCAGCACCACCAGCCGCAGCAGCAAUCCCAACAGACGAAGCAGCAGUCCCAGCACCAGCAUUCCGAGCAUCCGGAGAAGAGGAGCGAAAGUCCCAAGAAGGAGCGAUUCACGCCCCCGAGGUCGCUCUCUCAGCACAACAAAGUGUCGCCCUCGACCGGGGAGGAGGCAACCUCGACCUUCCGACCGUCGCCAGCGAGGCCGGCGAUCCCAACGCUCGUGGAAACGGAGGACGAAUCGUCGAGGCGACGGGACCAGCAGCCGCCCCGGGACGCCAAGAGGAAGCGAAUCUCCUCGACGGAGUGCGCGACCUCCUCGUCGAACGAGGAGACCGAGCAGCCCCUCGAUCUCCGAGUUGAGACCAAGAGAUUCAAGCAGGAUUCGGAGGUCCUCGAGCCCAGGAACCCGGAGCCCAGUCCAAGCAACUCGCCGGCGACUCCCCUCAUGGAAGAAUCGACGGUAGAGACUUCGAAGCACUCGGAGGAGGAGGACAACGGGAUGCGGCUCAGCGAGGCCAAAGAGAUCUCGAGUCCCCACCUCCGGACCGCGUCACAGGAGCAAAACCCCCCGGGGACGCCCCCGUACAUGGCCUACCCGAGGCCCAUUCAUCCCCAAACGCCGGCGAUGUUUCUCGAAGCCAUGUACCGCAACAGCAGUCCGGGGUUUCCAGGUUUCCCCGGUGGGCCGACGCCGCCCGGUUGUUCCCCGGAGUCCCGACUGCUCCCUCCUCUGCCGCCCUUCGGACCGCCCCGCGGGCUCCCUUUUUUAGGCAACAUCAUGAACGGCCUCAGCGGCGCCAGGCCCGGUGGUAGCUUCGACCUUCUCACGAGACCUCCGAUGAGCUCGUUUCCUGGUGUCAAGCCCUUCCAGGACGCCGUAAUGUCCCACCACCAUCACCAUCAGCACCACCAUCACCCUGGAAAAAUGAAAGAUCGUUACACCUGCAAAUAUUGCGGCAAAAUAUUUCCCCGCUCGGCAAACCUGACUCGGCAUCUUCGUACGCACACCGGCGAGCAGCCCUACAAAUGCAAAUACUGCGAUCGCUCCUUCAGCAUAUCCAGCAACCUCCAGCGACACGUCAGAAACAUCCACGACAAGCAAAGGCCCUUCAAGUGUCCACUUUGCGAGCGCUGCUUCGGCCAGCAAACCAACCUCGACCGACACCUUAAGAAACACGAGGCCGACGACGGCAGCGGCGUCGUCGCCGUCGCCGACUCGCCCGGCAGCAGCAACGAGAACGAACGCGAAGACGCUUAUUUCGAUGAAAUCAGAUCUUUCAUGGGCAAAGUCACCUACACCGGGGACCCCGUCUACGCUCUCGACCGCCACACUCGACCCACCUACUGCACCAUCCCCGAGCGCCUCAGAAUCGGCGAAGAAUCCGACGUCAGCGAGGAGGACAUUUCCCCUCUCGAAGAAACCGACCCGAUGUCUCCUCUCGGGACCAAAGAAUCCCCGCCACCCUCUCAGUACGAACUCGAAUUCAGGGACAAACCCGAGUUACUCAACAACAAUACCGCCUCACCGGUCAUCGAGAUCUCAACAUAGUCCCCGCGACUCAAAACACUUUUCGACGAUUAUUCACUCCCCUUCGAGCCGCCUCAAUUUUGUUCGUCGAUUAGCUCGAAACAUUUUCUUUCGAUAAUCCAAAAGGAAUGACCGUCGGAAUUACUACAAGCAUGUCAACGGUACUGAGAAAAAAAAACGACUUUUCGUCGAGUAGUUUUCUUUGUUUGGGGUCGCGGGCAACUUUUGCCAUUACACGAAAAAAAUGUGUGUUCGGUUAUCGGGAAUCCGAAACAAAAUUCGUCGUUCCUCAUUGCAGUUUUUUCGAGUUUUUCUUUAAAAAAGAAAAAAGUCCAAUGCUACAUUUGAAAAUUGCAUGUUUCGGGUGUUCUUUUUGGGGUAAUCAAAUUUUCCGUGUAACGAGACAAAGUUGCAACGAUCGAAAAUGCCUGGCACAUUGAUAUAGUUUUCUGAAGUUCCAUUUGAAGGGAUAACAGUUCUGUAAAGUAAAAAAAAAAAACACAUUCGAAAGGUCCGAUCGUACGUUUAUUAAAAGGGAGCUCGAAACUUUGCUGGACACGACGGCGAUCCGAGGCGAAUCUCUGUUCGUUAGUUUUCGUUAAGUUAAUAAUAAAUCGAAGCGUGAUAAACGGUAAAACCGAAAAAAAAUAUGAAAACAAAAAAAACGAAGAAAAAAAGCCAACAGAAGUCGAGAACGAUAGAAUCGAACAUUCUGAAAAAAAAGUCGUGAGUUUUCAGGCUCAUGACAAUAACGUAAGGAAAAAAAAAUAUCUCGAGGCACGUCGAAGUGUGGACACGAGCGAUUGAACCCCCCCUCCACGUAAGAAAGACUCUUUUAUGCUAUAGCUAGUUCCUAAAUACAACGUUGAGACACUCGUGCACGUAAACAAAAAGAAAUUCCCCCCCCCCCCCCCCCCCCGACCGUCGCGUCUUUCCAGGAAGCUUCGCGUGGCCUCGAAAUAAAGUAAACACACAAAAAAUCGUGAUCGUUUCGUGCUGCGUCGAUGACAAGUGCGUGCGACAGCAUUAUUUAUUGUAUCUUUGGUAUUUUCAUUGUUAUAUGGUUGUUACGAAACGGUGAGAAUUUGAGAGGAUGAAAAAAAAAGAUAUAAAAACCAAAAAAAAAAGUAGCCUCGGUCAGUGAGAGGAAUAAAUCGAAUGUUAUCGCACAUGCUGUACAGCGAAGCCCGGCAUCGUUCGAUAAUACAAAAAUUAUAUAUAUAUAUAUAUAUAUAUAAAUUAAAUCAAUUGAAAAACGAAGAAUGAGGAAAAAAUGGGAAGAAGUAGAAAAAAAAUGAGAGUGUAUGUGUUUGCACAACGAAGAAAGUAAAGUUUUUUUUUCGGAAUAAAUGGCACUUGGAAGCGUCAAAAUUUCUAUAGUCGAGAAGCCAAAGCGUGCGGAUGAUAAACGAUAUAAAAGUGUAAAACGUAACGAGUCGAUGAAACGAUCUUAAUUAUUAAGAUAAACAAAUUAUAUCAAGCUGUGUACAAAUUUUCACUAGCUCAUAGUGUUUGUAAAAAAGAAGAAAAAAAAAGUACGACGAAAAACAUAAGGCGAAGAUAAAACGACGAAAGCAGGAGACAAUGGUAUAGAAGGUAGAGAAAAAAAAACAAUUGCGAUAGAGUGAAAAAGAGGAGUAAGACCCCGAAAAUAUCAGCCAUUUUUAUCGAUAUGCCAGCAAGCAAACGAAAAAGUGGAUGGAACAUCAAAUAAUUCAAAAAUAAAGCCACACCCUGUAGAAAAUUAUCGUAGCACAUGAGACGCUAUUCGCAUCUUAUUACAUGGGAUAUUAUAAUCAUUAUUUACGGUCUCACUGUACUCGAUAGAGAAUUAUAACGAAUUAACGAAGUAUAUAUACAUCGAUAUAUACACAGUUAUAAUUGUAUAUAUACACAUACCAUGUCACAACACCGAUAUAAAGUUGGGGGCUUCACUUCUUUUUUCAUAUAAAAACGAUAUAAAUGUUCUACAUAUCUGUAACUAUCUCUCCCUCUCUCUUUCUCUUUCUCUUCGCAACUACUGCUCCGUAGGCGAUAAUAACAUUAUGAAUUGAUUUAGCAUAAGUAUAUUGAUCAAAUAUUAAGGAAAAUUGAAAAAAAAUCACUAUAUUACGACCAUGUCUAUCUAUACAUACUGUAUAAAAGCAUCUGUACUUCAUUAUUAUUACUAUUAAAAUAUUACACUUCAAUUCGUUA